AUGGAGAGUCAAGGCAACGAACCCAAUGCUGCUGCUAUUUACGAUGCGCGGAGACGUCGUGGCUCCGUCGGUACCACUCAACUCUUCGAUAACAUUGUUUCUACUUCCAACUUCAACAGGGAUGAAGUCGACCGUCUCCGUAAGCGUUUCAUGAAGCUAGAUAAGGAUGCCUCUGGUACCAUUGACCGCGAUGAGUUCCUCUCCCUCCCUCAAGUGUCGUCCAACCCGCUCGCCACAAGGAUGAUCGCGAUUUUUGACGAAGAUGGUGGUGGUGAUGUCGAUUUCCAAGAAUUCGUGACAGGCCUGUCAGCGUUCAGUUCGAAGGGCAACAAAGAAGAGAAGCUGCGAUUCGCAUUCAAGGUUUACGAUAUCGAUCGCGACGGCUACAUUUCCAACGGCGAGCUUUUCAUCGUGCUGAAGAUGAUGGUCGGCAACAACCUCAAGGACAUCCAGCUGCAGCAGAUCGUCGACAAGACGAUCAUGGAGGCUGAUAAGGAUCAGGAUGGAAAGAUCAGUUUUGAGGAGUUCACAGAUAUGGUGGAAAAUACUGACGUGAGCCUCAGUAUGACGCUGAAUCAAAUAUGA